UCACGUGAUCUGUGUCGAUUUCACAACACUGUGGAAACAGCAAAUGAAAGAUAGACAUGGCGCUUGGUGAAUGUGUAGGACUUGUGUCUAGCGACAACAGGUCUCAAGUUCCUUUAAAAUCAGUAUCAACGGAUGUGACAAUUCAAGCUUUUGUAGCAAGAGUUGAGGCGACCUUGACCUAUCUCAACAAUGAAGACAACUGCAUGGAAGUGGCAUAUGUCUUUCCAAUGGAUGAUCACAGUGCUGUCUACAAGCUCAUAGCUGACAUUAAUGGAAGGAAGAUUGUUGCAGAGUGCCAAGAAAAACAGCAAGCAAAAGAAACCUACCAAGAGGCAGUGAGGUCAGGACACACAGCCAUGUUGUUGGAGGAAGAUGACAGAGCGGGUGAUAUCUUCAAGUGCAUGUUGGGAAAUCUACCCCCAAAGUCGGAAGCUGUACUCCAGUUUGCCUACAUCAGUGAGCUGACUGUGGAGGUUGAUGGCUCCCUCAAAUUUUUGCUGCCAGCAGUGCUCAACCCUCGAUACACCCCAGCAGACAAGGUUGCCACUAAAGACAAUAUCAUCCCCUUUGUGAGUUCCAUGCACUUAGCAUACAGUAUGGACUUCAAGGCAAAAAUCAUAUCUGAAGAUAAAAUCCUGAAAGUAUCAUCUGAACAUGACACACUACAAACACUUAUGAAAAUGGAGGAAUCAAGAAACAUCAUGGAGGUGAAACUGGCAACACCUUUUGUGUGUGACCAUGAUCUCACUCUCUCAACAUCUUCUAUGAGAAUGUCCACAAGCCACAGAGAGCAAGGACACAAGAGGAAGGUGCAGGCAAUUUUUUCAAGAAGAAUGUGUUGAUGGUUAACUUGUACCCCAAGUUUGGUGAGAGUGCAGUAUUCGAGAAUGGAGAAUUCAUAUUUGUCAUUGACAGGUCAGGUAGUAUGCAUGGUGAUCAGAUGAACAGUGCCAAGCAGGCCCUGCUGUUUCUUUCCUCAAGAGUCUGCCAGUUGGAUGCUACUUCAACAUCAUCAUAGCCUCGCAGCUCAUAUAGCUGCUUGUUUCCU